UGUUCAAAACACUAAGAUAGGUAAAAAUCAUUAUAUCGGCCAAGUAUUUCAACUAUCGACCAAUGUGGGCAUAUUUCUGAAAGACUUACUUAGAGCUCAUGUUCAAGCUCGUGAAAGUCUCUAUCGAAUGACCUAUAAAGUGGAGUAAUUCACGAGAAAAUCAAUGGAUAUUGUAAACAUGAAUGAUGUUGACCUGCCGCUCUCCUGGGACGCCACCGAGUAUUUCGGAUCUUAGAGUACUCAGUUACAUUUUCUGAUUAUUUAGAGUACCCAGUUACAGGCUUCCUGCAAAUAAGACGUAUUUACACAUUUGUUUUCUUUUUGUUCUCUAUUUGUGAAUAAUAUCUAUACGUAAAUAAGAUCAUUACCUAUAUCAGAUGGUGUAAAUACGUCUUAUUUGCAGGAAGCCUAAUAACAAAAACUCAUGAUCUCAGUGAAAUAAGUCUUUAGUAUAAUAAAGUAAACGGUAAAAGAAAAAUUAUCAUAACCUAGCGCCGCUUGUUAAGUGACAAAAACGAUAUAACUUUUCAAUCGAGAGUGUUUUUUUAAUAUAAACUCUACAUCAAAUCCUUGUAAUAUAAAUUCAACAUGUCAACAUAUCCUAAAAACAAACAAUUCGUUUAUUUGUCUACGUAAAUCAGGUUAUUAUAAUAAAAAAUGUAAUCUGUUUGAUGAUCAAUGUUCAUCGUUUGGUUCAUUAAAUUCAAUAUGUGAAACAAAAUAUGGUGAAAGUCCAACAAAUAAUCAACAACCAUUAUGUUUAUGUUCAUCGAACUAUCUCGCACCAACACGUCAUUUACGUUAUGAUCAAUAUUUAAUUCUUAAAUAUCAACAAAUUUAUCAAUCUUUACCACAUUUAUUUCGUUAUUAUCAUGGAGAAAUAUUAGCACCUCCAAUUGGUAUUCUUAAAUUGUAUGAUACGAAUUACGAAAUAAAUGGUCCAUUCUAUUUCAUAUUAUAUAUUCAACAAAAUAUCACGAUUAUUAAUAUACAAAGUGCACGUAAUACAUCGUUAUUAUGUUUUUAUGGUAAUGAUUAUAUAUGUAUAUGUCACGUGGAUCAUCAGCGUGUUGAAUGUUUUGGUUAUGAUCGUUUUAUUGAUCAAUGUUCAAAUUGUUCAUCAAAUGAUUAUUGUUUAAAAGGUGAUUCAAAAAUAGAAAUGAUUUUAUGUGUUUAUGUC